CGUGGCCGCCCGCGUCCCGAGGAGCUUCCCGAGACAGCCGCUCCUCCGCCGGCCUCCUCCUCCCACCUCCUCGCGGCUCGCGGCGCGGCCAUCCAUCCCACCCCCGGAGCACACCCCCGACCACUGGCACCUCGCGCCACGCCCCCCCGACCACCGCCACCGCCGCCUUUGACUCGUUGACCGACAAGUGUGAGCGCCGCCGGCCAUGGAUGCGCGCCGCAAGCUGGGGCAGCAGGGCGCCGCCGCGGUGCCGCCGGCGGCGGCCCGGCUGCCGAGGGUGCAGGCCGGGGACGCGCUGCCGCUGCCGAUCCGGCACACCAACCUCAUCUUCUCGGCCCUGUUCGCGGUCUCGCUCGCCUACCUGAUGCGCCGCUGGCGCGAGAAGAUCCGCAGCUCCACGCCGCUCCACGCCGUGGGGCUCGCCGAGAUGCUCGCCAUCUUCGGGCUCAUCGCCUCGCUCAUCUACCUCCUCAGUUUCUUCGGCAUCGCCUUCGUGCAGUCCAUCGUCUCCUCCAGCGACGAGGACGAGGACUUCCUCGGCGUCGGGGCCGGGGCUCCGGCGCCGCCCGCCCCGUGCGCGCUGCUGGGGAGCCCCGCCGCCGCGCCCGAGAAAAUGCCGGAGGAGGACGAGGAGAUCGUCGCCGCGGUCGUCGCCGGGAAGAUCCCGUCCUACGUGCUCGAGACCAGGCUCGGGGACUGCCGCCGCGCCGCGGGGAUCCGGCGCGAGGCGGUGCGCAGGAUCACGGGGAGGGAGAUCGAGGGGCUCCCGCUCGACGGCUUCGACUAUUCCUCCGUCCUGGGCCAGUGCAUCGAGCUGCCGGUCGGGUACGUGCAGCUGCCCGUCGGCGUCGCCGGGCCGCUCCUGCUCGACGGCCAGAGGUACUACGUGCCCAUGGCCACAACCGAGGGCUGCCUCGUCGCCAGCACUAACCGCGGAUGCAAGGCCAUCGCGGAGUCUGGCGGCGCCACCAGCGUCGUGCUCCGCGACGGGAUGACCCGCGCUCCCGUCGCCCGCCUCCCCACCGCGCGCCGCGCCGCCGAGGUCAGGGCGUUCCUCGAGGAUCCUGACAAUUUUGAGACGCUCUCCAUGGUUUUCAACAGGUCAAGCAGGUUCGCUAGGCUGCAGGGGGUGCAGUGCGCGAUGGCAGGCAGGAACUUGUACAUGAGAUUCACCUCAAGCACAGGGGACGCCAUGGGUAUGAACAUGAUCUCAAAGGGCGUGCAGAAUGUGCUGGAUUUCCUUCAGGAUGACUUCCCUGACAUGGAUGUCAUUAGCAUCUCAGGUAACUUUUGCUCUGACAAGAAGCCCGCUGCUGUGAAUUGGAUCGAAGGGCGUGGGAAGUCUGUGGUUUGUGAGGCGGUUAUCAAGGAGGAAGUGGUGAAAAAGGUUCUAAAAACCGAUGUGCAGUCACUAGUUGAGCUGAACACGAUCAAGAAUCUUGCUGGCUCUGCUAUUGCUGGAGCUCUUGGGGGUUUCAACGCUCACGCGAGCAAUAUCGUAACAGCCAUCUUCAUUGCCACUGGCCAGGAUCCUGCACAGAAUGUAGAAAGCUCUCACUGCAUCACAAUGCUGGAACCCAUAAAUGAUGGAAAAGAUCUUCACAUCUCUGUCACAAUGCCAUCUAUCGAGGUGGGCACAGUUGGGGGAGGGACUCAGCUGGCUUCCCAGUCAGCAUGCCUAGACCUCCUUGGCGUGAAAGGCGCGAACCGGGAGUCCCCCGGAUCAAACGCGAGGCUGCUGGCCACCGUAGUGGCCGGCGGGGUUCUCGCCGGGGAGCUAUCCCUCCUGUCCGCACUCGCUUCUGGCCAGCUCGUGAAGAGCCACAUGAAGUACAACAGAUCCAGCAAGGACAUGUCCAAGAUCGUGCCUUGAUCCUGGACUUGGAUCGUCGCAGGGGGAAGAUGGACGGAUCCGGAUAGUGAAAAUGCCGUGGAAUAAGUUUUUCAUGUCCGGUGGAAGCGCAGAGGUGGGGUUGGAAGGACUGGGCAUGGACAGGGCAGAGGUUGUUUGACACCUGGUCACUUUCCCAAGAGCCAAAAGAAGAAUUCACCGUCAACAUCAAGUGAGCUGCGAACAGUGUGCAUCAAGCGAAACCGUCAAGAUUGUGAAUUGGCCAGGUCCUUGUUCUGGAGCUGACCCAUUUCUUUCUUGACGCCGGCCACUCCAACUCGGUCAUGAAACCCUGCCACCGCCGUCCCCUGCGCGCUGACCACCGGAGAAGCGAGCUAACCAACCUCCUCUGUGUUUCGUGUUCAUAAAAGCUUUGAUCACCUUGGUGCAGAAAGCGUUGUUGUUAUUGUUGUAGGCCCUUGUUAGAUCUCUCGCCCCUUGCUUCAGGAAGCAGCAGCUUGUGAACCUUUUUCUAUUCCCCCUUUAAGAUCUGUAUCUAUUAUUUUUCUCUCUAUCUCUUCUCGUUGUUUGACCCGUUUUCGCAAUCGAAUCUUCUAAUAUCGAAACCUGGGUUCAUUCCCCGGCA